AUGCCUUCUCCAGAUGGCAGGAUGCGACCCCAACGUCUGAUCAUCCUGCUCGCCGUCGUUCUGCUCGCGUGCUUCUCCCUCGUUUACCUCCGGCAACCACAAUCACACCCCAAGCCGGUAGACAUCCCUCCCCCCGAACCGAUCAAGCACCCUCAACUCCAUGCUGGCCAGACCUCCUACUCCCCUGAGAAGAUCCAUCCGAUCGCGAACCUAGUCGACAAUGCCGAGCAACACUUUGCCCACAUGCAAUCGCGCCAGUCCGCCACCCUGGCUGAGGCCGUCGAGGAGUACAAGCGUCGCUACAAAAUGCACCCGCCACCCAACUUCGAUAAGUGGUUCUAUUUUGCUCAAUCCAAGGGCGUGCAGUUGAUCGAUGAAUUCGAUUCAAUUUACCAUUCCUUGCUCCCUUUCUGGGCUCUGAAGCCGGCGACCAUCCGUGAACGCGCCCGUGAAACCCUGGGCUUUGAUAACGCAGUGCUGGGUGUACUGAUCCGGGAUGGCAAAGUCACUUUGAAUGAAGGUGGUGGUGAUGGCCGAAAAUGGCAGCGCGAGGCCACGGCUGGCAUGAUGGCCCAAUUCAUCCAGUACCUCCCUGACAUGGAUCUGGUCUUCAAUACCCACGAUGAGCCUCGCGUGGUGAUCCCUGGCGAAGACCUCCAGCGUCUGGUACAAACCGCUACGGACUAUGUGAUCCCUGCGGCUUUCCAGGGCAAUACUCCCACAAAAGUGUGGUCGCCACGCCCCACCGAUCUGAACAAGGGGGAUCGCAUUGACGAGGUGCGCACGACUCGUUUCAACCGUUUCGCGCAUCAGCCUACCUGGACCAACUCGCGCAUUUCCUGCCCUGUCGAUAGCCCUUCACGAUCGCUCGACGACAACGUGCCUGAUGACGGCGAACCGUAUGCGUAUGGAGAAUUGGGCUUCAUCUACAACACAACCGCCUUCUCGGAUAUUUGCCACACCCCGUCUCUUCGAUACACCUACGGCUUCUUUGACCGUCCAAAUGCCUUCGAUGUUGUCCACGAUCUGUUCCCAAUCUUUUCGCAAAGCAAAAUUUCCAGCUUCCAGGAUAUCCUCUACCCCAGUCCCUGGUACUGGGCCGACAAGGUACCCUACGAUCAACACAAGGAUUACAACUGGGAGGCCAAGACAGACCGGAUGUACUGGCGUGGAUCUACCACGGGUGGCUUUUCGCGUGCAGGUGGCUGGCGUCGUCAACACCGGCAGCAAUUUGUGGACAACGUCAACUCUCUCGGUACAACCAAGAUCCUCGCACGUCAAGCAGAUAAUUUGUGGGCCGCGCAGGAAGUGAAACAGGAGCAAUUCCGGGAUUCCUUCGAUGUCAAAUUCACCUUUAUUGGGCAGUGUGAUCCGGACGAUUGUCACGCCCAAGAGGAAUACUUUGAGGUCGUGAAGGCAGCUGGUCAGCAGGAUGCCUGGGCACACAAAUACCUGGUUGAUGUAGAUGGUAACGCAUUCAGUGGGCGAUUCUAUGCUUUCCUCCACAGCAACAGUUUUGUCUAUAAGAUCGCUAUCUUCCGCGAGUGGCAUGAUGAAUGGCUCAAGCCUUGGGUGCAUUACGCGCCCCUCAGUUUGAAGGGCAAUGAGUAUACAGAAACCAUGCGUUACUUUGUUUCCGAGGAAGAUGGCAAGAAAACAGCGCCGAGAAUCGCAGCUCAGGGUCAGGAUUGGGCCCAGAAAGUGUUGCGAAAUGAGGAUUUGGAGGUCUGGUUCUUCCGUCUGCUCCUAGAAUACGGCCGCCUGGUGGAUGACAACCGAGAAAGACUCGGAUUCUCGCUGUGA